CCCACAAGCUGAUAGUACAUUGCCACCAGAUAACGCGGUACGCUUUCGAUUUCGCGAGUGGCCGUCGCGUUUCUCGCUCGACCGGCGAAACUGGAACGCUCCGAAGCUCUCGCGUCGCUCAGCUUUUCGGCGCCCGGUUUCCAUCGACGAAAUCGAAUGACAAGCGUUAAAAGUUCCACCGGGAAACGGUUGCGCGAGAUUUUUCAACCGAGGAACGUUGAGACCGGCGAGAAAAUGGAACGAAAUUCGAAAUGAAUUACAAUUCGCAGUGGCUAUCGAUGGUUUCUGGAAUAAAUCCUAACGUUUGAUAAUUAAAUCAAUCACGUCUAACAUAUCGUUGUGUGCUCGAGGAUUUCUGGCAAGUUACUCCAGAAAUUCAUGAUUGCAGUUUCAAUGAUAUCCGAUUCAUUUCUCGAAGAAUUCUUUCGAAGUUCGGAAAACGUUCGAAUGGAAAGUAGAAUGAAACUAAAUUAACCUAUAAAUUACAAUUCCCAAAGUGGCCAUCGAUGGUUUCUGGAAUAAAUCACUAACGUUUGAUAAUUAAAUGAACCACGUCUAAUACACCGUUGUGUGCUCGACGAUUUCCACUGGCAAGUUACUCCAGAAAAUUCACGAUUCCAACGACAUCCGAUUCGUUUCUCGAAGAAUUCUUUCGAAGCCGAAUCGCGGUUCGAGGCCCGGAAAACGUUCGAGCGGGAAGUAGAACUAAAUUAACCCGCGAUGAAUUGCAAAUUACAAAAUGGCUCCGCAGAAUGUCUCCACAAAGGAAUCGCCGGGGAAAUUCGAUAAUUAGAUUCCGAGCGACAUCCAGCGUCUCCUUAAACGUUGGAAAAUUAAGUUACACUUCUGAGUCACUCCAGGAAAUCGAUCGUUGAAGUUCGAAUAACAUUUGCCUGGUGAUCUGCCGUUGAAAAUCGAGUUCCGCGUGGACGUCACGUUCAACAGUGCGUAACGAGACAACGAAUAAUCUGAUUAUUCUAUUCUUGGACGUUCAUCUGUACAGGAAUCGCUGAGGAUUGUCAGUACCGUGAACAACACGAUCGGUUGAACCGACGCGAAUCGACGAUCAACGAAAGCGACGACGGUGGAUCGUUCGAAAUUUCGAGGACGCAUAUUUCGCGACGCUCGACAGCGGCGAGCCGGCGCGUCGCCGACCGAAUGGCGGCCGCAUGACGAAACCGCGGAUUAUGCAAAUCUGAGCGAUCAAGAGAGGCAGGAAACAAUAGAAUGAAUAUUAAACAGCUGGAAAGAACGAGUAAUCGGAAAGUAAAUGGGAAAUUUAUCGUAGAAAGCACCGGAAUUCUUUCGGAUCGCCCGGAUUUUACGUAACCUCGCGCUUUCGAAUUUCCCGUAGACGCGUAGAAUCCGCAGUCGAGUCAUAACAAUAUCGCCGCGUUUCGUUGUUGCGCGAUCGAAGCGGAUUACUCAGCCAGUGUUCUGAUUAUAAAGUUCGCGAGCGAGGCGCGCGGCCAUUAGUGUCAGUGUGGGCGGAUCGGCGGGCCCGUCGGUGACCGGAAGUCGCCGGGUUUCUAAGGAACUCCGCGGACCGACAGGAAAAUUAAGAAUCGGACAGAGUUGGGAAGUUUGUUGUGGAACAGUGAUAAUUAGUGAUUGUUCGCUCCUUGACGAGGGGAACUCUUUUGUUCCUGCGUGUCGUUUCAGCGUAACGUGAAUUACAAUCUGAGUCCACCGAAAGUCCAAAUUAUAUCCUAAAUUGAUAAUCUUCGGAAAGUAAAUACUGUGCAAUGUUGCUCGACGAAAUGUCGUUGAAAGAAGGCUUCUGUGUGGCAGGGGAGCAGUGAGAUUGUUAACAUCGGCGGUUCUAGGUGGUUGAAAUGUUAUAACAGACUUCCUCGCGGAAAUUCGCAGUGUCCGUCAGCUAGGGACAUUAGAUUACACAAGAGCCCGCGUGUCUUUGUUUCCCCGUGAUUUCGUUUCCCGACGUCUCGGCGUUUGCAAACAUCAUUGUUUACCCGGUCGCCGCUCGGCUCGGUGAAUCCCCGUGACUCGUCUCGCUGCGAGCGAGCAUGUGUUGGUUCGUUCAUUGACGGAACGUCGAAAAUGUUUGAAAUAUCGUAUAAAGAGGUAGACAGCAAUGUUCAAAGAACAAUGCUGACUGACUUCCAGAAAGUGCCGAGCCUGAAACUGGGCGAGUUCACGCUCGAGAUCGAGAUGCAGGAUCCCAGCGACGAGUUGAAGGACGUCGCGAGGAGGGAGCUGCGCGAGACACCGGAAAUACAGAAGGAGGCCGCGGAAAAGUUGAAGGAAUUGUUGAGAGCCGAGAGAGACCUAAAGGUGCCACUGGACAACGAGGCCUGGCUGAUCCGGUUCCUCAGGCCGUGCAAGUACUACCCGGAGUCCGCGUUGACCCUGGUGAAGAACUACUACAGCUUCAAGAAGAAGCACGAGAACGUCUACAAGGACCUGAAGCCGAGUCGCGAGAAGAACAUCUUCGAGCACAAUAUCCUGACAGUGCUGCCGACCCGGGACCAGCACGGUCGAAGGAUACUGAUCAUCGAGCUGGGCAAGAAAUGGAAGCACAACAAGUGCAACCUCGACGAAGUGUUCAAGGGCUGCGUCCUCUACGUGGAGGCGGCCAUGUUGGAGCCCAGCACGCAGGUCGCGGGCGCUGUCGUGAUCUUCGACAUGGACGGUUUGACCCUCCAACAGACCUGGCAGUUCAGCCCUCCUUUCGCGAAGAAGCUGCUCGAGUGGCUGCAGGACGCAGUGCCACUCAGGGUGAAGAACAUUCACAUCAUCAACCAGCCGUACGUCUUCAACAUGGUGUUCGCGUUGUUCAAGCCGUUCCUCAAGGAGAAGCUGAAGAACAGGAUCAUUUUCCACGGCACGGACCGCAAAUCCUUGCACCAAUACGUGACGCCGAAGUGCCUGCCGGAAUGUUACGGUGGCACAUUGAAAGUACCACGAAUAACCGGGCCACAGUGGUUAGAAUUGUUGGUCAUGUGCGACCAGGAAUACGAUGCGAUCAACAGUUACGGUUACGUGCUGUCGAAGUAGGCUUGCGUACACAUAGAACGCGACGUUCUGACGAGAAGGGGUGAAGGAGGAACAAUUGCCUGCGAAGAGUGUUCAGACUCGACUCCCGAGUCUGCGGGGCGAUUAUCGAGGAACGACGGCUGUGACUGCUCGCGUCGUAAAAAACCAGACUCGUCCGUUUGUUUACGAAAGAAAAUUCAUUCGCGUUCGCCUCUAGGAAGAUGGCCGACUACCAGCGAACUAAAACUAAGACGCGAGGGGAAUCGCCCUCGAUUAAUAUUAUUCUGUACGUUUUACUCAGUUUUUUAUAUAGAGUUAUAUAUUAGUGAACAUAUCUUUCGUCCAUGAUACCUAAGCUUGUAUUAGAAAUCGCUGGUAUUACCUGAUCGAUCUUUGGAUAAGGAUAAGCAACGAUCAGGGAUUUUACCGAGGUAUUCGCGAUCUAUAAUCGAAAAGAAACUGCAUCAAUAUGUACGUUCGUUUCUGUUCUUUCAUUUCUCUGUUAGACUGUUUCCAAUCUCUAAUCGAAUCUCUACGAAAAAAUAGAUAGAAUGGAAUAAAAUGAAAGAAAAUAAAAUCGAAUGAAAUGAAACAAAACAAAAUUCCUACCCUGUUACACUGCUUCUAAUCUCUAACCAAACGAAAGAGAAGAAAAUCAAAUGAAAUGAAACAAUACAAAAUUUCCACCGUUAGACUGUCCCUAAUCUCUAAUCUUCUUCCUGAUAGCGAUUCCUGUGACGUAUGUAAAUACCUAUUGCUGGCAGAGAAGCAAUUCGCUUGUGAUGUUAAUAAAAUAUGGUAGAAUGAAAUCAAAUAAAAUCAAAUAAAAUAAAAUGAAAGCAAUAUUGCAAAUUGCUUGCUAGUGUAAGUACCUGCACCUAUGGUAGUCGGCCAGCUUCAGAGACGUAUGGUGCCCCGUACCUCGUUGCCCCCUCCACACGUUCCUUCGUCACCGUCUCCUUGUAAUAAUUCAAUGCGAAUUUUUCCUUUUUUUUACAUUUCGUAUAAAGCAGAAUGCAAAGGAAGCAACAGGUUUGCUUGGCCACUGCACUUCGCUUCGUAUUAUCAACGCGAACCGUAGAUGUAUGUUUAGACAUAGAAUUUCCAAUAAAUCAAUUGGUCGCGUAUCGAGCCACGUCGAUAGCUGUUCACGCUUGCGAAUCGCGCUUGAACGAGAAACAUCCAUCGCGAAAUUAGCCUUGCAUUUACCUUUAGGAUCGGAAGGAUUAAUCAAUCGUAGGAAAGAAUCCGCGGAAGAGUUGAGGCACGUUGACGGAACUCCGACGAACGUUUCUUCGUUCCUCGUGGAACGAAUCGAGCGGUCGUCGAGCGAAUCGCACGCGAAACGUGUACUUAAUUAGAGUGACGCGUACAACGAGGAAGCUACGUAGCAAUUUGUACGUUUGCUAGUGGCGCAUCAUGGUAAAUUAUUUUUUUAGUUGAUUCUUGCUGGCUGUAAGAACCACCUGUAAAUGUCGGUUGUUCGAGAAUAAAGUCGUCUA